AUGCAGCCCAUUACCCCAAACUGGACCCAGGUGACAGAGUUCAUCAUGGUGGGCUUUGCCGGGGUGCAAGAAACACACCUCCUUUUCUUCAUGCUGUUCCUCACCAUGUACCUGUUCACCUUGGCAGAAAACCUAACCAUCAUCUUAGUGGUGGGCUUGGACCACCGGCUGCGGAGACCCAUGUAUUUCUUCCUGACACACCUGUCCUGCCUUGAAAUCUGGUACACCUCAGUCACGGUGCCCAGGAUGCUGGCUGGCUUGGUUGGGGCGGAGGGAGGCAAGAACAUCUCCUACGCCGGCUGCCUGUCCCAGCUCUUCAUCUUCACUUUCCUUGGGGCUGCUGAGUGCUUCCUCCUGGCUGCCAUGGCCUAUGACCGCUACGUGGCCAUUUGUCUGCCCCUCCGCUAUGCGUCCCUGGUGUCCUGGGGCACCUGCUUCCGCCUGGCCGCCGCUUGUUGGCUGGCAGGCUUCCUCACGCCCAUCCUGCCAAUAUACCUCAUGUCUCAGCUGACCUUUUGUGGCCCCAAUAGCAUUGACCACUUCUUCUGUGAUGCCUCCCCCCUGCUAGCCCUGUCCUGCUCCGAUGUCACCCUGAAGGAGACCGUGGACUUCCUGGUGUCUCUGGCUGUGCUCCUGGUCUCCUCCACAGUUAUCGCCGUGUCCUAUGGCAACAUCGUCUGGACCCUGCUACGCAUUCCGUCGGCGGCCAAGCGCUGGAAGGCCUUCUCCACCUGCGCAGCUCACCUGACUGUCGUGAGCCUCUUCUACGGCACGCUUUUCUUUAUGUACGUCAGGACCAAGGUGGCCUCCUCCAUCAACUUCAACAAGGUGGUGUCUGUCUUCUACUCUGUUGUCACGCCAAUGCUCAACCCCCUCAUCUACACUCUUCGGAACAAGGAGGUCAAGGAGGGCCUGUGCCGUGCCUUUUCCCUCCGGUUUUGGAGACGCUGA